ACAAUAUAUCAACCUUGUCAAUAAAUGCAGUAUAAGGAAUCCUGUCAAAAGCAGCUGGAUAAAUUCUGAAGUGUUUCAGGCAACAUUAGCUGCUCAUAUUCAGCUGAAUGCUUCAAAGAUAAUUGGCUAUAAUGCGGUUGCAAUAGAGGCCUGGCAGGGCAUCAACUUGAAUGUGAUGUUGAUUGUUUUGAGACUUAAGACUUUCGUUGACUGGAGCUGGAAGGCCGAAAAUCAAUGUCCCAAUAUUUAUGGACUUGACUUUGUCACUGUUUUACAUCUAAAAGUCGGCAAUGCAUUACAUAUUAGGGAAAGGAAAUACAAUCAUCUGAGCCUUUGAUGGACCGAUCUUUCGAAUGUAUACCUCUUCUGUCUCGCUCCGUCAAACACAUCCACACAUGCAGUACAUUCGAUUGCAGAAACACACACGCUCUCGUCACUGCUGCUCCCUCCUCCUGCACUGACCUACUUCCAGGCACAGGGGACUAUGCAGAGAGUUAGUGGGCUGAAUGAGAAGUGGCAGCAGUGUCUCCCUUUAAAGAUCCCUCCCUCCUUCUAUCACCUUCCUCACAUCACUGUCUGUCUCUCUCACUAUGCUUGGCUACGCUCCAGACCGAGUCUCAGUGUUGCUGGGAAUCUCGCCUCUCAGCUUCAGGGCUCAUGAUCAUGCCCCCGAGAUAGCUACUUUGUCCCCUUCACCCCCCAGCCCCCCCAUGGUCCCUUCCUAAAUAUUUCGGCUCCGACUUCACCACUGCCACGUGUGUUACCGCAGCCACCAUGCCCCCCAGGAAGAGGACAAGGGCGGGCUUGGGGUUCCUGUGCUGCUUCGGCAGUAGUGAGCCCCUAGAGAUCAACUUAAAAGACAGUGUGCCCUUGCAGCUACUUGAAUUCAGUGCACCCAUGCCGCCUGCUGAGGAGCUGAAUGCGCGUUUCUCAGAGCUGGUGGACGAGUUGGAUUUGACUGAUAAGAACAGAGAGGCCAUGUUCGCUUUGCCCGAUGAGAAAAAAUGGCAGAUAUACUGCAGUAAAAAGAAGGAACAAGAGGACCCAAACAAGCUAGCUACAAGCUGGCCGGACUACUACAUUGACCGAAUCAACUCCAUGGCUGCUAUGCAAACCCUGUUUGCCUUUGAUGAGGAAGAAAUGGAAAUGAGGAACAAGGUGGUGGAAGAUCUGAAGACAGCACUUCGGACUCAGCCAAUGAGGUUUGUGACGCGCUUCAUCGAGCUGGACGGUCUGACCUGCCUUCUCAACUUCCUGCGUAGCAUGGACUACGAGACAUCGGAAAGCCGCGUCCACACUUCUGUGAUCGGGUGCAUCAAAGCUCUAAUGAAUAAUUCUCAGGGUCGAGCGCACGUGCUCGCUCACCCGCAGAGCAUCAACACCAUCUCACAGAGCCUGCGAACAGAGAACGUAAAGACCAAAGUGGCCGUACUGGAGAUUCUUGGGGCGGUGUGCCUCGUCCCCGACGGACACAAAAAAGUGUUGCAGGCCAUGGCUCACUACCAAAAAUACGCUGCAGAAAGGACUCGUUUUCAGACACUGCUGAAUGAGCUGGACAGGAGUACAGGACGCUACAGAGACGAGGUCAAUUUGAAGACUGCUAUUAUGUCCUUCAUCAAUGCUGUGCUCAACGCUGGAGCAGGAGAGGACAACCUUGAGUUCCGGCUCCACCUAAGGUAUGAAUUCCUUAUGUUGGGCAUUCAGCCGGUCAUUGACAAACUUCGAGAGCAUGAAAACGCCACUCUGGAUCGGCAUUUGGACUUUUUUGAGAUGGUUCGCAAUGAGGAUGACUCUGAAUUGGCCAAAAGGUUUGACAUGACCCAUGUAGACACCAAAAGUGCCAGUGCUAUGUUUGAGCUGGUUAAAAAGAAGCUGAGCCACUCUGACGCCUAUCCACACCUCCUCUCCAUCCUUCAGCACUGCCUGCAGAUGCCAUAUAAGCGUGGUGGGAGCAGCAUGCAUCACUGGCAGCUCCUUGAUAGGAUACUUCAGCAGAUUGUCCUGCAGGAUGACAAGGGGGAGGACCCUGACCUUUCCCCUCUGGACAACUUCAAUGUUAAAAACAUCAUUCGCAUGCUGGUCAAUGAGAAUGAGGUGAAAUUAUGGAGAGACCAGGCUGAGAAGUUCAGAAAAGAUCAUGCCGAGCUGCUUGGCAAACUGGAGAGGAAAGAACGAGAGUGUGAGACCAAGACCCAGGAAAAAGAAGACAUGAUGAAGACUCUGAACAAAAUGAAGGAUAAACUCCAGCGUGAGGGUGUGGAGCUCCGUUCAGCAAGGGAACAAGUCCUGGAUCUAUCAACACGAAUCAAUGACUGCAUUACGGUGGGCAAUGUGUCUUUCCCACAAGCUCCUCCUCCACCUCCAGGAGCUCCAAUGCCUCCACCUCCACCACCAAUGACGGUUGGCUUUCCUCCACCUCCACCUCCGUUGCCCUUCAACUGCCCACCUCCCCCGCCGCCACCUCCUCCACCUGGCGCCCCACCUCCUCCACCUGGAGCCCCUCCCCUUUGUGGAAUCCCACCUCCCCCCAACCCCUCUUCUUUCAGUUCGGGGAGUACGCUGCGCUCCAAGUCCAUACCUCAGCCUUCGCAUCCGCUGAAAUCUUUCAACUGGGCUAAACUAGGAGAGCAUAUGAUCAAUGGCACUAUCUGGAAUGAUAUUGACGACUUAAAAGCUUUCAAGAUUCUUGACCUCAAAGACAUCGAGAAGAUGUUUUCAGCCUAUCAAAGACAACAGGACCUGCUCACUAACCAAUCCUUCAAGCAGAAGGAGACCGGUUCUAUGGAUGACAUCUAUGUCAGCACGCGGAAAGUCAAGGAGCUGUCUGUCAUUGAUGGACGUCGCGCGCAGAAUUGUGUCAUACUUCUUUCAAAGUUAAAAAUGAGCAAUGAAGAGAUCAAGAGGGCAAUCCUAGAGAUGGAUGAGCGGGAGGAGUUGGCCAAAGAUAUGCUAGAACAGUUGCUGAAAUUUGUCCCGGAAAAGAGUGACAUUGAUCUCCUGGAGGAGCACAAACAUGAGCUGGAACGCAUGGCUCGAGCAGAUCGCUUCCUGUUUGAAAUGAGCAGAAUUGACCACUACCAGCAGAGACUGCAAGCUCUGUUCUUUAAGAAGAAAUUUGCAGAGCGCCUCGCUGAAACGAAGCCAAAAGUGGAAGCAAUUCUGAAUGCCUCUAAAGAGGUAGUCCGUAGCAAGAGGCUCACGCAGAUCCUGGAGGUCGUGCUUGCCUUCGGCAAUUUCAUGAAUAAGGGCCAGCGAGGGAAUGCCUAUGGCUUCAAGGUCUCCAGCCUCAAUAAAAUUGCUGACACCAAGUCCAGCAUAGACAGGAGCAUCACCAUGUUGCACUACCUGAUCAUGAUCUUUGAGAAGAACUACCCUGACACUCUCCACAUCCAUCUGGACCUCAACAGCAUACCAGAGGCUGCAAAAGUCAAUUUGGCAGAGUUGGAAAAAGAGGUGCACUGUAUAAAAAGUGGACUAAAGGCUCUCGAGGCGGAGUUGCACUACCAGCAGAGCAGGACGAGGGAGCGUGGAGAUAAGUUUGUGGCUGUGAUUGGGGACUUCAUCACAGUGGCUGGCUUCAGCUUCUCUGAACUGGAGGAUCAGUUGAGUGAGGCCAAGGACAAGUUCACCAAAUCUCUGAAGCACUUUGGGGAGGACGAAGGGAGGAUGCAGCCUGACGAGUUUUUUGGGAUCUUUGACACCUUCUUGCAAUCGUUUGCCGAAGCCCGUCAAGACCUGGAAAACAUGCAGCGGCGCAAAGACGAGGAGGAGAGAAGGGCGCGCAUGGAGGCCAUGCUCAAGGAGCAGCGGGAGCGAGAACGGCGGUCCAAGAAGAGCGGCGCCUCAGACGAGGUGGGAGGGGAAUUUGACGACCUGGUGUCAGCGCUGCGUUCCGGCGAGGUAUUUGACAAGGACCUGAACAAAUUCAAACGCAACCGCAAGCGCUCCGUCAACCAGCUCGUGGAGGGCGGCGGUGGUGGCACAGGGCGGGAACGGGCCGUCACUAAAGUCAACUACUAACAGGUCCGGAAAAACCGAGGCCCCGAUAGGGCUCUCGCCUUCCACAUACGACCCGUCCCCCCUGGACGUUACGCGAUCUCCCGUUACGGACGCAGGGCAGGUGGGACGCUGGGCGCAGACCACUGUGACACAUCACGUGACUUUUGACCACUGUGCUUAAGAUCCUCGACAUUUGUCACUUCCUGCUUCUCACCGCUUCUUCCCAACGGCUUGUUCCCCCAUCACACACUCGCAAAGGAAAAGCAAGAGAACACAUUGGGAACGAAGAAAAGUCCACAUCUGGAAACCAUCGACAUUUUCAAAACGCCAGUGAGGAAUGAAGCAGCUGGUGGUCACGUGAUCUCUUUGUUCUCAUCAAUGUGUCAAUGUCCACAACUUUGUGCUGGCCUCAACUCGUGCCAAAGCAUGUAUUCAGAAAACAUACUGCAAUUAGGCAUUUAUAUUUAUAUCUCAAGUGUUUUUUGGUAUGUUUUCCAAUGUAACGUGGGGGGUUUGUACACUCAAAUCAAGUGAAAUUCUAUUUUUCUUUUUGUCUUGUUUGCACUGCAGCUCUUACAGUUUGUGCGCGUCCUCUCGCUCGCCAACAAACAUGAUGAAUUUUAACUUUCAGACACUAAAAGGCAACGGGCCUUAGACAAGAUUCUUAUUUCCAAACGGCAAGCCUCGAGUAAUGCUGUCAAUCUCAUUUUUCACACAUAGCAAUGUCAUCGGCCUUUACAGAUUCUGAUAUCGUUUCUAACAAUUGUAGCAAAACAAUGUUCCAUGGCGAUGCUUCAUGUUUGUAUGAAACAAAAAGAAAAAAAAUAUUUUUAGGCGACCUACUGCUGGAUCCGGUGGAGUAUUAGAACCUAACAAAGAAAACAAUAGGACUAUGAGAAUGUCAUAAUAAAGUUACCUAACAUUACUUUUUCCGUAAUAUUACUUAGAAUUACGUAAGAUUGCACCUUUUUAAUCAAAAUAUGACAUGAUUUUGAAAUAUUUUUCCAACUCACAAUAUUACAUAAAGUUAUGUGGUAUUACGACUUUUAUCUGGUAAUAUUAUGACUUUUCUCAUAGUAUAUUUCGUUACGUGACUUAAUUCUCCUAAUAUCUUUUUUUUUUUUUCCUUAUUCUUUCUUUGUUCUUAUACUCCGUCGUAGAUGCAAAGCAUGGGUAGGUUAAAACACUUUUGGAAGUACUAGAAAUAAUCUAAUAUGCAUUUCAGAACUCUUAGCAAAUGUGACAAAUGCUGCAAUGUAAAGUUAUGGGCUCAGUACAAACCUUAGUUUGUUAUUUGGCCACUAGAGGGUGACAUAUUCAUUUAAGUCAUUGAUGGAGAAAGUAAAGCUGAGGAAUGACAUUGAAAUCUAACAUUGGCACAAACUACCAUCAUUUAUUGAACUAAUGAUUCAUUGUUCAUUAUUUUUAACUCAUUGGCUGCCAUUGAUGUUGGAUUGGACGUCUAACAUCAAUAGUACUGAAUGUGCUAAUAUGAUUUGCACAACAUUUUGUUUUAAAGCACCAAGAGCAUAAUGGUAAUUGCCUCGAUUACAGUACCGCAAUAUCAAUGCACUUGACCCAAAAAGCACUUGGUGUCGAAUCAUCAUACAGUUUUGUGAUGAAGAGAGAAGGCGCCGUAUUUUCUGAUGUUUCUCGCGCAUCUUUUAAGUUGUCCUUUGUCGGGCUUGCUUCUUUUGACCACAUGUUCACCUUGAAGUGCCUCUAACCCUUUUGUGCGCACAAGUACCAUUCCUCUUACUGUGUGGUGCUGCUAAUGGAUGUAAAAACAACAAACAAAAAUUAUCUGAAGCAUUGACGCCUGCUUGCAGUAAAUAAUAAAAAGCUCUGAAUUUAUGGAUGCCAGAUAGAAAGUUUUUAACUCACAUUCUAUAUUAUUUCUGCAACCUAUGUUGUCCCAGAAAUUAGCACCACUUUAACCAGCAUCUGUCUGUAUAAUAUUUGAGCUGCUGUGCCCCCACCCAUCCACUUUCUUCCCCUUUCUUUUUCCAGUUAAUCAGAUUUUCAACUCUUAAUCCAGAGCUUUAACCCCACAUUUUAGGGCAAACUAUUUACUGCCUCAUUGUCAGUAUUAUAUUGUUGUGUGUGUUUUGUUCCGCGUUUGGAUGUCCAUUAAAUUUUGGCCAUUGACUGGCUGAUUUUGGAGUGUACAAGAUGGAAAUCAAAAGGAAUGACACUAUAGUAGCUUUUUUCAAUGCACUUUUAUUAUGGGACAUUUCCAUUUGCAAUGUUUUUUUGAGGGUUUAGAUUUCUUUGAACCGCGAAGGUGCUGCAAAAAAAUGAAAAUUAAAAAAAGUGUUGUUAAAUGUAAAAAGAGGACAGGAGCAAGUGAUUGGUACUCCGGCUGGACCGCUGGAAAAAUGGUGGAUGAGAGACGGGAUUGUGGAGGACACAGAGCAUACGUGUCUGUGUCAUUGGCUUUGGCAUUAAAAAAUAAUAAUAAUAAAAAAAAGAAAGAAAGAAAUGGGGGAAUGUUUCGUUUUCUGUCCAAAUGUGCACUUGUCAUCAAGAUGCAUGCACAAAUAAGCGUGCACACAGUGUGGUGUAUUAAAUAACCUUUGAAUAGGAACUUGCUUGUUCGACAUGAAAAAAAAAAAAAAAACAAUAAUAAACCGCCAUGUUA